AUGGGAACUGAAGGAUGGAGUGAUAAAAGCACGGGAGAACUAGCAAGUCUGCCUCAACUCAAAGUUGCAGAUGCUUCUCCCUAUUCCUUGCAUCCAUCCGAUCACCCAGGUUUGAUUUUUGUUACCGAUCCUCUUAGUGAAAAUGGAGAAAACUAUUUCACUUGGAGAAGAAAUUUUCUUAAUGCAUUGCACUCGAAAAACAAGGCUAGAUUUGUUAAUGGAACCGUCGAGAGACCAAAAGAAAACUCUCAGGAUUUACAGCCAUGGAUACAGUGCAAUGCCAUUAUGCUUUCAUGGCUUACGAAUGCAAUUGCCAAAGAACUUCAGGGUAGUGCCGCACAUGUUGAAACUGCUAGAGAAAUUUGGGUAGAUCUGGAAGAGCGAUUUACCCAAGGAAUUGCACCAAGAGUUUAUGAACUGAAGCGUGCCAUUGCUCUCUUGCAACAAGAGAUAGCGUCUAUUUCAUCCUAUUACGGUAAACUUAAGUUCGUGUGGGGUGAGAUGCAAAGUCUCGUUCCAACUCCGUCUUGCACAUGUGGUUGCGUUUGCGGUGCAGCAAAGGAGAUGCAAUCCAUAAGGGAGGAGGAAAAGGUUUUUGAUUUUCUAAUGGUACUUGAUGAUGCAUAUUCAACUGUGCGUUCUCAAAUAUUAAGUGUCGACGCGUUGCCAAACUUAGGAAGAGCCUAUGCUAUCGCGGAUCAAAAAGAGAAGCAGAGAUCUGUUGCUGCAAAUCGCAUACCCACUAUUGAAGCAACUGCCUUACUGACUAAAGGAGGUGAAUCACGACAAAGGAAAAUUGAAGAUGGGACUCAGUAUCAAUUUCCACCUUGCAUACACUGUGGGAAAACAAAUCACAACAAAGAUUUUUGCUACACAGUGAUCGGUUAUCCUUGA